AUGGUCACCCAAGAUGAGAAAUUGAUCGACCUUAAGUAUAGGCAUUUGCUUGUGAGUUAUGACAUACCAGCAGAAACAUUACUAGAAGGUUUUGGAUAUUUGUAUCAAGCUUACGAAUUUGUUUCCACAAAUUUUGGAAAUUUCGAAGUAACACCGUCGGCAGAAGAGCUUCAUUAUCAGUCAUUGCGGAGCGAUCUACGAGAUUUGAAAAUGGAUUUGGAGAAGAUGGAACAUAAUCUUCCGACGGAAGUGAAUAUUAACAACCGUUUACAGGAAGUAAGGAUGAAAUUUAUCGAUAUUGAUGGGGAUUACGACAAGUAUAUCAAAUACAAAAAAAAUCCAUCUCGCUACGAGCCCCAAACUUUAUCUGAAUAUGCUGAAAAAAUGACAAAUGAAUUGCCCCGAACGCUGGAUAGAAUUUAUAAAGAUGUUAUUAAGAAUAAUCUAGUUAAUCUUAUUGAACAAUAUAUCAACAAUGUAGACCCUUACUGCGAAAAAACACAAUCACGGCAAAGAUAUUUUUACGAUUUUUUCCGUACUAUUCUGUCGUACGAGAUAAAAGGCAUCGUCAUAUUGGAAUACGCUUAUAAAAUGAAAUACGAAAACUCCACGCAUGUUAGUCACGUGCAAGAAAAGCAGGAUUGGAAAGAGCAUGCAAGCGAAAUAAUUAGGGAUACUAUGAAAGAGUUUAAAACAAUUAUCUCUCGUACCGAAAGAGACAUGUGGAGGUGCGAUCCAACAACACCUACGGAAAAUAAAAAUUUUGUUGAGCUCAAACUAUUUCAAAGAGUGUUAUAUCAUGGCUGGGAUUUUACGUCAACAUCUGGGUCAAAACCUUCCGAAUUGGACUCCUGUCCAGUACCGCAAAAAGAUAAAGGCGUUGCACCUAUAUGUGAAUUCAGUUGUUCAAGCAAACAGCGCCGUUGUAGUAACGUAGUGAAUUGCACGGCACUCGAGUACAAAAAGCCCAUUGUUGCAUGUAUUUUGAAAGAUCAAAGUCAACGUCGCAGGUACAGUUCUGUCAAUGAAACACACAAAUACAUGGAUGAAUUCAGUUUGACGCAGAAAAUCUCCCCACCAAGUUACUGCGACAAACACUCUGAAAGAAGAGUAUUUGAAUCUUCUUUAGUUACAGUAAGAUUAACAAGUAUAAAUUAUAUAGCUUGUGACUGUAUCUGUAAUGAAUUAACAAAUUCUGAUCGGUACAUUAGCUUGGAACCCGUUAUAGCAGAUGUUGAAGAAAAUUUUGUUGUCACUGGCGUGAAAUUUGUUUUAGUAAACCACACGCUUCACAUUCAAAUUCAACAGGGAAAACUAAAGCAGUAUGGAUCGAUAAAUAAAGAAUCCCUUAAGUGGAAAGAUAUAGAAACAGUUACUGAGUACGCGGAUGAAAUCAUCACUUUUACUCCAGAUGAUAAAGAGAAGUACAAGACUCGUGAUACUUAUAAGGGAAAGAAAACAUUUAAACUCGACUGGUACGACAAGCGUGGAUUGUAUCUGGACGACAUGGAUUUGAAGAAAAACGAAGUCGUUGCUGGUGUGAGAUUUGGCUUAGUUCGUCAGAAAAACAAUUUUAUUUACGUCAAGCUGGACAUAAUGGCAAUGGAAUUUAAUUACAAUAAAGGUCAAUUAAAUUCUAGAGAGUAUUAUUGGUGGUCAUUGAAACAACGUUCGUUAGACAGAACUCAUCUAAAUCUGGAAGAGUACGACACUCCAACUUUAUUAGAAAAUAUCAAAAACAAGCCAGAUGGUGUAGCACAUAAAUAUGCGAAAUUCACCCCUUCGGCAUAUUCAUCCAAGGACGCGGGACAAUCCACUUUGCCGUUCAUCGACAUCCAGCCAGUCGUUUCGGAUCCACCUGUACCCCUUUCAGGCAUCAGCAUGGAUAUCAAGAGAGCCGAUAAAAGUGGAGGAUACCUAAUAUUAAAAACGAAAACGUACGACGUGUUGUGGGAAUUCAAUACUACAACUGAACAAUUAGAGUUUUAG